AGAGCAUCCUUCGCACGUCGCGCGGAACGACUCGAAGAAACAAACGACGGAAACCAUGGCGGCAUCGAACGCCGAAUCUGAUAACGCGCCGGUAACGACCUCCGCGCCGCCUCCGCCUCCUCGCGUGCAAGCCCCCGCGAGGAAGCCGCCGCCGUCGACGGGGCCCUCCGCGUCCUUAAAGAAUGAAGGCAAAGGCAAAGGCAUCGCGGGGAAGAUCUUCGGCUUCGUCCUCGGGACGUCGUCCACGACCGUCAGGCUAGACAUGCAACGCCCAGCGUUCACGCGCGACCGCGCGCGACAGACCAAUCACAACGGAUGGGGCGACGGCCCCGCGGACGUCCGCGGCGAGAAGUCGGACGGACCCGUGCGUCACAACUUCAACGUCGAGCAGACGCGACUCAAGGUGACGCAGAAGUGGGAGGCGGGCGCGUUCACGCGCCUCGGCGACGGCGGCGCGAAGAAAUCGCGCGUCGACCUGGGCGUCGGCCUCGACGUGAGCCUCAUGGAAGCCGAGGUGCUCCCCGAGUGCCGCGUCCGCGUGCGGCUCGGGAACGACAAGUACUCCCCGAACAUCUACCUCCGCGCGCUGCCGCGCCAAGAGAUCGUCGCGCGCGGCCGCGUCCCUCUGCUCAACACGGACUUAUCCCUCGGCGUGCGCGUGGAGGUGAGACUGGUCCCCAUACGACCCCGUUCGCGAUGUGCACGCCGUUCCUUAAGGACUUUUACCGUCGUCACUCUUCACCCGCGCUUCCCUUUCAACGUUUGA